CGAUGGGACGCGAAUGCAGCAAUCCGACAGCAUAUAAAAGCUGUUGAACGACGCUCAUUUGUAUCACUUCAGUCACCAGCACCGAAGCAUUCUAUCUACGACAACUCCACCGCUUUCUCAGGAUAGACUCAGUCUGUUCUCUCCAGAAAAGAUGCACACGACUAAGUCUUCAGCUUUCAGCGUCCUUGCCACCUUAGUGGCCACCGUCCUUUCGAGCCCGGUUGUGCAACUGAGGCAUUAUGGUCAGCAAAGAUCGGUAUGCACAAAGGAGACGGCCACCAAGCGCAUGGAAUGGUCUUCCCUGUCUACUGAUGAGAGAAAGCAGUAUAUCAGUGCCGUUGAAUGUCUCAUGGCGAAGGACAGUCGGUAUCCCGCGGGCGAAUUGCCCGCCAGCGAUAAUUACUACUCGGACUUUGCUGCACAUCACGCCGGGGUUGCCCUCCACGUACACAUGUCCGGCUCUUUUCUCUCAUUCCACCGUGAGUUCAUUCAGCUCAUGGAAGACUCUCUACAUGGCUGCGGAUACCCUUCCGACAUGGGACUUCCUUACUGGGACUGGACGGCCUAUCUCGACGCCCCUUUAAACCAGAGCACCCUUUUCGAUGGGAGUCCAUCAUCUCUUGGUGGAGAUGGUGAAUCGAUGCGACGGCAAGGAAGCUACGUCAUUAGUGCUGCUGAAGCUCCCAUGGUUUCCCCAGUCCUUGAAAAGGGCAACAUGAUCCCGCCCGGAUCUGGGGGAGGGUGCGUGGUAGAAGGGCCUUUCGCGAACACUACCCUCUACCUUGGACCGUUCCCUGUAGAGCUGACCCUGACUGGUCUGCCAGACGACUGGACAGAGAAGAAUCCACACUGCUUCACUCGGAACCUGAAUGAUGCUGUCCUGCGGCUGCUCAACAACGCCAACCGUAUCAAGAGCCUCGUGGCUGCCCCUAACAUCACCGAUUUUCAAUAUCAGCUUAACGCCAUCCACCGUGGGGGCCAUGUAACAGUCGGUGGUCCAAUGAUGGACUUCUUUGUUAGUCCACUUGAUCCCGCUUUCUUCUUGCACCACGCACAAAUCGAUCGAUUGUGGACCAUGUGGCAGGCCCACGAUCCAACUUCGAGAAGAUACGCGUACAAUGGUACUAACACGUAUAUGAGCCUGCCGGACACUCCAGAGGUUACUAACAGCACGACCCUUGACUUUGGCGUUCUUGGUGGGAAGGUUACUCUAGAGGAGAUAGCUGAUCCUAUGGCCGGCCGAUACUGCUAUCAAUAUGUGUAAUAUCGCGUAGCAAUCAUUCUCCAAUAAGACAUAUAGCUACAUAACAGGAGGCUAAGCUAUUGGACGAGAGGCAUAACUUGUCUGGACUCCUGACACUUCACUUCGAGCCAAAUGGAUUGCUGCACUUUCCAUAGUUAUUGAUUCUUUCAUUUAUUAGAUUUAGCU